AACGAUUAAAAAAUCACGAUCUCGUUUGUAAAUCGUGGAUCAGAGACGGGUUUUCUCUUUCUCGAUGGAUUCUAAGAAACCUCCAAGUUUUACUUUGAUUUUGCUACUUAUUUCAUCGAUUCUGUUCUUACAAUCCAGGGCUGAUGGAACUGGCUCAGUUUAUUUCCUCGAUAGCUCAACCCACUAUUAUUUUCGAUCGCGCUUAUCCGAGUCCAAAUCAAUGUCACUUCCGGAAGUAGGUGCUGCUAUUUCAGUCCUGCUUGGUUUUGCACCUCCUUCGACGUUGUCCUCUGCAAGCUCUGAAAAGUUGAAUGAGGUGCUUGUAGCUAACCCCUUUGAUAGACCUCAUGCCGUUUUCUUGCUAGAGAUCAAUGGAUUUGGAGAUAAGCUGUCUGGGCAUGGUUCAGAUAGUGAUGUUUUCAGUAGGGCUCUUAAGAGUGAUGUUGCUAUUGGAGACGCUGAAAUUCAACUUUCUGAUGAGGAUGAGUUGUCUCUGGUCUCUUUAAAUGAGCCCGUGCCUUCAGAUAUGGAAUUUACGGACAGCGAUUUGACCAACUUCGCCCUCUGGUUGGGUGGAUCGUAUGAUAAUACUGCAUCCGAACCAUUGAAUGGACAGUUGACUGUCCCCUUGGCAAAUGAUGUCCAGUUAAAGCUUCAUAUGUCAAAGGAAGCAGACCGAGAAUAUACAAGAAGCAUCAUCUCUCUUAUCCACAAUGUCGAGAGGGCAGUCCAACUGCAUGAAGAUUUGUCACAGAGUAUGCUUACUCUAUCAGAAUUGAUCAAAGGAAGAUUCGAUGGUUUGAAGGCUUUUCAAGAGCACUAUGGAACAAGUGAUAUUGUUCAGAAAGGUGCUGAAUUGUUAGUGAAAUCGGUAUCCAAGAUAUAUGAAUCUUUGCAAACAGCAUACAAAGGCCAAAUAGUUGGAGUUAUUGUUUUCGAUGGAUCACCUGCUGAAGAGUCGGAUUUGAUGCUAACCGUGAAGUUCACUACACGACCAUCUCCUCGCUGGUUGGAGGAGGAGAAGGGUUCGCAUGCUGAUGCAAUUAGGAUUGCUGAAGUUCUUCUUGUUAGACGAACCCUUGCAUGGAUCACUGGCAUCAUUCUUAUAGUUGCCACUCUCAUGGGGAUAUGCUUCUUGAUGAAUAUGCCUCUCACAAGGGAUACCCUGCUGUAUUCUAAUGUGAAGCUCGACUAAAAGUCUACAACGACCGUGUCAGAAAGGGAGAUGAUAGCAUCACGAAAGAUAUGGUUGUUUGUAUUUGUUUCUAUUAUUAUCUAUUCUUAUUUGUUAUGUUCAUUUAUUUUCCAGAAACGAUGGGUGAUUUGCAGUGAGAUUUGUAGGUAGACGGGUAGAGUUUAGUAGCAGGUACCAACAAUUUAUGGGUUGUGAAUCGUGUUUCUGUAUUUGUUACAGGCGGCCGGGGAGGUGAGAAUAAGAACACGGGGAAUCACUGUUAUACUUGCUCUGUUUACUUGGUUGCCUUCAAGAAUUCUGUCCCGAGUUUUGAUAUUUAAAUAAUGACAGAUGACUGUUGUUUAAUGUUUA